AGUUGAUGUCAUUUCCUUCGGAGUUUACUUCCGGGAACCACUACCCUAAAGUAAAACAAAAAGUCAAUAUCUUUACGUUGUUUCAAGUACCUUUCUUAGUUUUCGCACAUUUUAUUUAUAAUUUCUGUCUUGUAAAAUCAUUUUUAUUCAGUCUACGCGGCUUAGAUAUUGUAUGUGAUUUGGCAGUUAUUCUGUGUCUUGUGACUCACUGAGCAAGAAAACAGAUCGGGGUUGACAAAUAAAAGGGGAGCAUUUAUCGAACUGUUCGGCGUGAUACGAUGACACAGUCUGUAUGAGCGCAGUACAGUCAACCCCUCCAAGCGACGGAGAGCCAACUGAACGGACUGGUCUUAUGUCCGGCGGCCGUAACAGCAGAAACAUGGAAAACGUCAGCUUCAGCAACUCAACUCCGUCGUAUCAGAGAGAUUCCCCUGCCGUACUUGACACAGACACGACCCAAACGGACGAGAGAGGUUUCAGUAGUGCUCGCAGCAGAGAAACAAGACGUGAUCAAGAUAAUAGCACUAAUCCAUCAGUGCAGUCGCGCCAGAAUGGCAGCAACCAGGGAAGUGCAGGAUCUGAUGAGGAAGACGAAACACUACUGUACGGAGCCAAGCAUGUCAUCAUGCUGUUUGUGCCCGUCACACUCUGUAUGGCUGUUGUCGUAGCAACCAUUAGUUCUGUCACAUUUUACACAGAACAAACAACCUACUUAAUCUACACCCCUUUCCAUGACAAGACUGAUGACACAGGAACUAAACUGUGGCAGUCUUUUGCCAAUGCCUUCAUCUUGUUGGGUGUGAUUGUAGCUCUCACUGUUGUGCUGCUGCUCUUGUACAAGUACAGAUGUUAUAAGGUGAUCCACGGCUGGCUGAUUGUGUCCUCACUCAUGCUCCUGUUCCUCUUCUCAUACAUAUACCUGGGUGAGGUGCUGCGAGCCUACAAUGUCCCGUUCGAUUAUGUGACGGUGAUUGUGUUGAUGUGGAACUUCGGAGUAGUGGGGAUGAUCAGUAUUCACUGGAAGGGUCCACUGCUGCUGCAACAGGCCUACCUCAUCGUCAUCAGCGCCCUCAUGGCACUCAUCUUCAUCAAGUAUCUCCCAGACUGGACCACCUGGGUUGUACUCGGAGUCAUGGUUGUCUGGGAUCUGGUGGCUGUGUUGUGUCCCAAUGGCCCACUGCGUGUCUUGGUGGAGACUGCCCAGGAGAGGAACGAACCUAUAUUCCCUGCCCUCAUCUAUUCCUCAACAAUGAUGUGGCAGGUGGUGACGGCGGCUGAUGGAGAAGAUGGGGAUAAACAGCAGAAGAAGAAGAAGAGGAAACGAGGCAGCCCGAGCUCAGAUGACACAGAAAGAACCACAGUUUCUACAGACACUGGUGCUACAAAUGACAUGCCGUCAGAUAAUGAAGAAGGUGGAUUCCGGGACCAUAUAUACACGCCUCGAGGACAGCUGUCCAGUAGCGGAGAGACUGACCGUGCUCGUUCAGCUGUAGCAACCUUUGGUGAGGUCCGAUCUGAAGGUCGCAAUGGCCCUGUUGAUGACCGAGCAAUGACUGGGAACGCACGGCAACAGCCGCAACAGGCAGCUCAGGAAGAUGAAGAAAGAGGCGUUAAGCUGGGACUGGGCGACUUCAUCUUCUACGGUGUUCUGGUUGGGAAGGCUUCAUCCUAUGGAGACUGGAACACAACACUUGCCUGUUUUGUCGCAAUACUCAUUGGCUUGUGUUUCACGCUCUUGCUGUUGGCCAUCUUCCGCAAGGCUCUUCCUGCUCUGCCGAUCUCCAUCACAUUUGGACUUGUGUUCAACUUUGCCACCCGGGCACUUGUCAAACCAUUCAUGGACAAACUGGCAGGUGAACAAGUGUAUAUAUAGCACUGUUUGAAGCACAGUCUCGGGGCAGGACUGUACAUACCAUUGUGUAAAUCAUAUGGUCUCCAGGCUUUGUGUAUAUAACUGCUUCACAUCUGUCAUCUGGAAGCUGUGUUCUGUUUAUGUCUCUGGUUGGGAUUAAUGUAACUGUGAAAGAAAUAGUCUUCGGCAUUGGCUGCAUCAGUAGACUGUUCAUGACAACAUUUUAUCUAUAUUUAGCAAAAAAAACUUAAAACCUGACCAUGGUUAGUAUACUUUUGGCCACUGACAUGAAAGAAGAAUGUCUCCCUCCAAAAAUUGUACAAGUAUUUGUUGGCCGAAAACUGACUGUUUUACUUUUUAGCUUGCGGAGAUGUUUUUUUAACAUUACAAAUCAAGAACUGUAAGAGUACUGAUGUUUUACACAAAUAUGUCACUUGGUGACCGUGACUUCUUAUCUGUGCUGAAUAUUACAUGAUUUAACAUACAGAUAGAGACACAGAGGAUAAUACAUGAGUUAUAAAUAUGUUAUUUGUAAUAUGUCCGUUCCUUCAUGUAAACAGGAUGAAGCAAUGGGCCAUUUAUUGUUGGAGGGUGGAGAAAAUUAGGGGUUGUAAACACUCUUGACACAUCAAGGUAAAGUUCAAGGAAAUAGGUAUACAGUUUCUGAGAUCAUUAUGACCAUGUGAUUUUCAAAAUACUUUCUUACAAGUGUGGGUUCUGAAUAUAGGGGGGAGGUUGGGUAGCCUAGUGGUUAAAGCGUUCACUCGUCACGCCAAAGACCCGGGUUCGAUUCCCGAUGUGGAUACAAUGUGUGAACUCAUUUCUAGUGUCCCCCACCAUGACAUUGCUGGAAUAUUGCUAAAAGCAGCGUAAAACCAUUCUCACUCUGAAUCCAGGAGUGAAUGGUUGAAAAUUAAUCCUCUAAUGAACUCUGCCCCUGUGUCCUUUAAUAAAUGACUGGUCCCUUAGGCAAAGUGUAAAGUGAAGUGCUGACGUAAAUGAAUUUAAUUUUACGUCAUGUGGACUCUUCAGUCCUUCAAAACUACGAGACUUUGCUUGUGACAUUUUAGGACUUUGAUAGGAAACUACAUCUAGUUUUUCUUUCAGUAAUUACCAUCUUUCUUUGGAUGUAUCUACAGUGUUAGGUCAUGAACACUUGGCUGACAACACUCUAGGUCAGCGAGAGCGUGAGUUGGGUUGAACGCCACUUUGAACAGUAUUUCAGUUAUAUCAUGGCGUGUCAGCUUCAUGUGGAAGGAAAGCCUGAAGUGAUGCUACAGUGCUCUAAACAUAAAUAUGUACAUCAACAUGCCACUUGAAAUGUUAUCCAGUGAAUCCAGGAAAAGAAUCCACAAAGUUGACAACCAUACACUCAAGGAAUUCAUGAAUGUUCUAUCUCUGUGUGGACUAAUUUGUUCUUCUAAGGUGUGUUGAGUCAAUGACACUGCAUCUUCCCGAGACAAGGGAGUUAACUGACUAUAAAAGCCCAGUUUCCACCCUUGCCGAACUAGGUAGGAAUUAUGGAGUUACGUUUUGGCUGGACUAACGAGUCUAUGCAUAGUCCAAUCAAAAUCAAGUGACGAACUAGACAUCCGGUUCAUAAACAACAUAGCGACUGCCGUGCAGAAUUCAGUCGACUGCAGGAUUUGCGGAGCAUGUGUGCCGUCAACAGGGUGUCUAGUUCGUCAAGGGUGGAAACUGGACUCUUACAGUCAGUUAACUCCCUUGCCUAGGGAAGAUGGUGACACUGCAGUUGUUGCUGUGUGUGGAGUGUUGUGCUUGUCAUGUCAUCCUGUCUUGUGUCGAGUGUUGUUGCUGUCUCUGAGCCAUUUGAAAUCCUCUCCAUAUUUUCUUAUAUUACUGUAAAUUGAUGUGUAUUAUAUUCAUGAUGCAUUGGAAACAAAGCAGCUAGUAUGUACAUACUGACUUUUAAUUAUUUCCCUGUUAAUGCAAGGAAACAUUUCAUUGAUUAAUCAUGAGGAAUAGAACAGAUUUUUGAAGGAGACAGUCGGUUUAAGAUGUAUUAUUAUUAGGGAGAAAGGGUGGAACGAUUUGACAAGAUUGUUUUUGAUACAUUGAUUAACAUUUAAUUAAGAAUGAGGCUGGAUGCUGUAGUUUAAUUUCGCUACAACUAACUCAGGUACACUAACUCCGUAUAUUCAGCUGUAUGCUAUGAUCAUCCUUGCAGCUCUCUGAUAAAAAGAACUUUAAGGGAUGUAGUUAGACAAUGAUAUUGCACAUGUAUUGAAUGGUUAAGGACUGACCAUUUCACUUUGGUUAAACUGAAAUUGAUUCCGUAUUCAACUCUCUCCAUUUGAGAAAAAAGAAAGAAAGGAAAGUUGUGUGUCAGACACAGUGUCUACCAACCAUACAAAUCUUCCUUGGAGAUGCAAAAGUCACUUCUUUAGUUUGGUCUGCAGGAAAUCACAUCCACAUCUAGUGUGGAGAAAAUCACAUCUAGUGUGGAGAAAAUCACAUCAAGUGUGGAGAAAAAAACAGCUGGUGUGGAGAAAAUCACAUCUAGUGUGGAGAAAAUCACAUCUAGUGUGGAGAAAAAAACAGCUGGUGUGGAGAAAAUCACAUCUUGUAUGGAGAAAAUCACAGCUGGCGUGAAGGAAAUCACAGCUGUUGUGAAGGAAAUCACAUCUAGUGUGGAGAAAAUCACAGCUGUUGUGAAGGAAAUCACAUCUAGUGUGAAGGAAAUCACAUCUUGUGUGGAUGAAAUCACAUCUAGUGUGGAGAAAAUCACAGCUGGUGUGAAGGAAAUCUCAUCCAGUGUGGAGAAAAUCACAGCUGGUGCGAAGGAAAUCACAGCGGGUGUGAAGGAAAUCACAGCUUUUGUGGAGGAAAUCACAGCUGGUGUGAAGGAAAUCACAUGUUUUACCUUACCUGACGCUACACCUUUAGCACUGUGUAGUGUCAGAUAAGGGUAAUAUAACAAUGCAUUUAAUCAGAAAUGCUCAUUUUUAUAUUUAAGACAUUUGUUGUAUGAUUUUGCUUCACACCCUUAGGAAGUUGCUGUAGAAACAAAAAUCACUUUUAAAUCUACUGGAUAUUUGUUCCCCUCUAUUUAUCAAUGUGUUACUCAUCUAGAGCAUUUAGUCAUCCUCAUUUUUUAUGGAUAGAGAAAUAUCUACCCCUAUUAUCAUGGUAAUUUAUACUGUCAAUAAUUAUAAAUAGUGUCUCAAAGUCAGACUUUUACAAACAAGACAUUCCCUUGUUCUUCAAUAUUGACAAUAUAAGUUGAAUUUUUUAAAGUGAUUGGAAACAAGUUGAGGCUUGCGUUUGUGUUUGAUGGUAUUUAUCAACAUAAUCUUCACAGUACAAUAUCUAAAGUUUUAUGUCUCCAAAGAGCUCAUGGCUAUAGCUGUACUUAAAGUUUUACCAAGGAACAGGAAAUGAAACAUUGUAUGAUGUUCGCACUGUUGUGUCCUGAUGUCAAAAUUGUAAUUUUCUGUGCCUCGGAACUAAAGAUAUCGGUCACGUGACUGCUCAUAUUUGACCGAUUGGAACCAGUUUUCUUUCAAUUGUAUCUGAAUAAUAUUUCUGUCAACAGAAGUCCUUAUUGCGUGAUCCAGGGUGCCCUUUGUAUACUAUUAGCUCCAGUUUGUAUGCCUGGAGUGCGAGAGGUGGAAUCCCACAUGAGGAGAGCCUACCAUAUUUUCUCCAGUGUCAUUUCAGCUUUACCUGCAGAAGCAGCUAGCUUGCUUCCAGUCUGUUCAGUGGGCAAGUGUUUAGUGUCUGUAACGUUGUGUACUUUUUAACCGUUAAUAUUUCAGCAUUCUGACCCUGUGUCUGUCUCUGUAUAUAGUCCCACUCACUUCUGUCAGGUAUAAGUGCUAAUGUCGGAGCACUUGCUUCAUCAACAGAUUCUCCAACAGUUGUUAUCUUUCUCUUAAGCUAAUUGUAGGAUCUCUUUACAGGAGAGCUCUCAGAUUAGUGUGGUCUACUGAUGAACAGUGUUCUGGGAAUCGGUCCUGUGUACCAGGAUUUUUAUAAGUGUGCUUUUCAGUCAGUGAAGACUCUCAUGGCAAACUGUUCUAUGGAAGCAAGGAACAGAAUCCUGCUAUCACACAUACUGGACACCCAAUACAGUUGUUUGGCUUUGGAAAAUGAAGACCUGAACUUAUAGAGCUUGGGGAAUGGGGAUGAGUUCUUAUUCUUUUAGAUCAGAUAAUUGUUUUUAUGAGAAGUAAGAGGUUAGAUGUCUUCUUUUUUUUGCCAGCUUCAUUUGUUUUGUUAAAUCAAAAUGUUCAAAACAAUAUGCUUAAUUAAGGGCAAUGGUUUGAUGGAAAGCUGUUAGACAAAAGCUUACUUGAAUGAGGUCAGAUCACAGGGGCUUGGAACACACUCACAAAACAUGUUCUUCAAAGUACUUUGUGAAUAGCAUGGGAAUUAUUUAAAGACAUUGCAGUAAUUCAAGUCCCUGUGGAUCAGAUGGUUAUUGUAGGAGUCUCUUUAGUUUCUCAGGAGCUCCGGGAUAAACAUUCCAUGUCACACUGCACAGCAUAGCAAACCCAGUGGACAACCUAGCUGCUCGUGUGUGACCAGGGGCUGGGUUUUGGUUCAGCCAACUGGAGCAAACAGCCACCAGCUAGAAAUGAAAGGAAAAAUAAUCUUUUAUUGAUUGGCAUUUUGCUCCACAGAAUGUAACAAAAAUCUUUUUUGUGUGUAAAAUCUUAAUCAAACAUCUUACACAAUGCUGUGACAAAUGAAAUAAAACAAAUAUUCAGAUCUACAUUUUAAUAUUUGAUAUCUUUAUUUGGAUCCACCAAGGCUAGUUUGUCUGCAGUCUGCAUCCAUAAAAAUGAAAAAAUGCUGUGACAACUGAGGAUGAGUUAUGAUAGUACUGGUAAGCCAGGAUAAGUUGAAAAUGGCAAUAAUAAGUGACCUCACAAUUAACCCUGUAUGGCUAUGUAUGAUCUCUGCCCACUGGAGCAUACAUCAUACUACCUGCAACCCCGUUCCUCACAAUGGUAUGUAUAUGCAUGUCCUGUCUCGGCUAACAAGUUCUUGUCACACUGACCUCUUAAUAGAGAUUCAUGCGUGUCCACGGGAGCGUAGUCAAUUUCAUCAUCAUGUCAUGCAUGUGCACAACAUGGGUACACCCUCUCUACCUGUAACAAACGAAAAAUGUUUGCUCAAAUUCUGUGCAGCUCCUACUUGUCUCGAAUGCGUUUUCUGAGUUGGUUCAACUUAUCCUGGUUUAUUCAUAUUACCAGUAGGUUAUACACUUGUGUGGUAAUCAUAAAACUUUGACACCACACUUUCAAGCAGUUAAGGCAACACCCUUAUGUUUACAACACGGAAAUAACAUACGGUCAUUGAUCUGUCCAGAAGUGGUAAUCAUAAAUAAUAUACUGUUACACUAAAGCUGAUUUCAAACACAGGUUCCUGAAUGAUGGGCGGUGGGUUUGGUAUGCUGUGCCACAAUCAUUUAAUUAUCACAACUUGAUUGAGACUUUUAAUGACCCUGAUAAUGUGAUAACAGGGUGCUGUAGUAGCUGUUUGAAGGGGAAACCAUUUUGUAACAUUUUACGUAUAAAAUUAUUUUUGUGCAAA